GAGGAGCCUCCUAUCGGCUACUAGUCAUACACGUCAAGCCUCGAUUCUGACGAGAGAUGACGCAUUUGAUACAUGGACGUUGUUGGAAUGACAAUAGCACAACAGAAUUUUUGGAUUUGGGGCUGUCUGAACUCGUCAUCUUGAGAUUAACCUUACCGCGACGAGUCGAUGAUGACGACUAGGUUUUCAAUCAUACACCUACAUUGAGGUGUUCGAUUUGACUAUUAUCAGUCUGAAUGGGCACUCGCUACAAAGGCAUUGUUGGCAAACAACAGCACAACAGGAUUUCUUUGUUUCCAUCUUUUAACGUCGUGCAUCUGAUAGGUUCUUGAAGACGAUUUUGCUUGUUCUCUUAAAUUUUGACAAACGGAGAAUCGAGCAUACAAAAUGGAGAGUCAAUACAAGGACAGAACAAACCUAUUAUCCAAAGAUAACCCCUCUCGAGUCUCUAUUCACAGACGUGCAGCAUUCCAUCGGCUACCAGUAAAUCACAAUCAAGCGAACUACAGUAGUAAGCCUACCACUUAAUAGCGGCAUAUCAUAUCAAAAGAAUUUGAGUUUGGCGUUCGCUUUAAAGAAGAACUAUCUCCCGAAUACACGAAGCUUGGCCUAGCUAAGAUUUAUGCUCUAAUCAAAGAGACUUUAGUUGCUGAAACUGGGCUUAAGCAUUUGACAGAAGCAGAGAUUGACCAGGAUUCUCCCGAUUUUUUCAACCCGAAUAAAGAUCCAAAUAAGAUAUACCAAGCAGACUUAUUCAAUACAUGGGCCCUUGGCUCGGAUUCCACUGUACAUUUUGAGGUGGAAGAAAAGGCAGACAGUUCUUCAAUGUUCGUCGAGCUUGAGUUGAUAACACCAGUCAUGAAAUUCGGUGCGAAAGCCUUGAAGGAUAUCCACAAAAUCCUAACUGCUCUCAAGAAGCAUUUCGAUGUUAUUGUCAACCACUCAUGUGGUCUUCACGUUCAUGUUGGCAACGGAAUUGAAGGAUUGUCUUUUCAACCGUUCCAAUACCUCAUGGCAACUAUUUGGAUUUUUGAGUCUCAGAUUCUCACCCUUCUUCGGAAGUCAAGGAACAAUGGUUUCCAUUGUAGAUCCCUACGUAAGCACUCCCAUCUUGGUGUUUUCGGAUUCGAAGGGAAUUUACUCGAUGUCCUUCUCGGUACAUCUGAGAUCAACGAAGUUGUGGCUAUGUUCAAUGGAUAUGACUAUUUCACCCGCAUGGGUUUCCAACUUCAAAAUCUUCUCCAACCUUUCGCGCAUCCCGUUAAGAGAACUAUAGAGUUCCGAGUACAUGAAGGAAGUAUGGAUUCAGAGACCGUCUUGAACUGGGUUAGUUUUGUUGUUGAGUUGGUGAGCUGGGCUCACAGGAUCAAACGUCAAGAUUUAAAAAUCUUUCUUUCGCAACACAUUGAUUCCAAAGAUUCGUCGAUAGAAGACCUCUUCAAGGAGAUUGGUUUCCCACAAUCAACCGUUGAAUUCUACAGAGUGAAAGUUGAAAAGUUACGACCUAUUGAGGAGAAGGAAGCUGAGAGAAAGAAGGCGACCAAAAAGAGAAAGGCUGAGGAGAAGAAGGCUAGAGAUGCAGCCAGGGCUGCAGGGAAAAUGAUUGACGACAGCAGCGACGGUGAUAGCACUAGCAGCAGUAGCAUGGAUACAUUAGAAUCGGGAUCAUUGGUUUUUUGAGGUGGAAGUGCGUCAAGAUGACGGGUUUCUCCCUAUCAUCCUAUGGCUUCACCCUUCUUAUUAAUUUCACAUUAACCAGUAAGCAAUUUCUCUUCUUCUGCUUCUAAUUUUAUAUCAUCAAUAAUUUCACCCAAACAACCUUCGCUUCUUUUCGCUUUCAAAUGAUCCUUUCUUUCUCGUGACGCAAAAAACUUUGCACUAAUAACAAGAUUCGUUAUUCUUCACAAAUAUCAUCCAAAUAGUAUCGCUAUCGUACAUAAAAAAUUAAAAAUUAACCUAAAAUCA